AUGAAUCACGAAGUCCCUGAAUCUGUGGAAAAAAAUGGUGACUCAGUUCCUGCUGAUAAUCCUGGGGUUAUGAAUCACAGAUCAUCCGCAGAUGCAGAAUCUAUAGAAAACGGAUUAUUAGUAUUGCCUGAUGAUGAUCAUGAGGAGAGUAUUGGAUCACCUCAACAAUCUGAUGGUUUUAGAGAUGAAUCUCCGGGUGGAUCAGUGCAGCAAUUGAGAAGAAAAGGUUUCGGUUUGAAGAAAUGGAGAAGAAUCAAAAGAGAUGGUCCGGUGAAGGAUGAGGCUGCAGCUUCUGCACCUGUUGAUGAUGGUGGUAAGUUGCUGAAGCGUGGAUUGACUGGCUCAGUGAAUCCUCCUUCUAAACAUGUGGACUUGUCUUCAGUUGAAGCAAGGCAGAGUAGUGAAGAAGGCUCUGUUGGAUCUGUGAACAUGGUGCAUCAUCAUCAUCACCAUCACCAUCCCGGUUUAGCCAACGGGUUUAGUCCCGAUCCCGGUUUUAUGUCGUUUACCGUAGGCCAAGCUUUUGAGAAAGGUGAAGAACAUACCGGAGGGAAGAUUGUUUCAGGGAAUGAUACCAUCAAGAAGAGCAGUGAAGAUCGGAAGAAAACAGAGAACGAAAAGCCUUGUUCCAGUUUGGAUUCCGACUUGAGAAGUAGUGAUUUUGUGUUUUCCAGUGGUGCUGUUUCUGUUGCUAACAAUGGAGGUCAGGUUAAGGAGGAGGAAGUUCAAACAUAUAGCGAAAAUGGCGAAAACGAUGAAGAUGGAGGAAGCAAGAGUAAGAAAAACAACCGUUAUUGGGGAGACAAGGAUCAGAUUGCAGAUUCUAUUAGGAAUCUUUCAGCUCUGCAAGAAGCUCUUUGGAAAGAGGUUCAGAGUUUUCAGGAGCUUGGUAAAGAAUCUAUACCGCUACAUUCGGACAUAGUAGAGAGUUGUAGAGAAGAGAACUCAACAUCGUCAGGAUCACAGGCACUGGUCUUAAAGCAGAAGGUGAAACAUCUCGAACACAAACUAGAGGAAGCAAGGAGUAUUCUCGAGGCAAAGGAAGAUAGAAUCCAAGAACUUGAAAACUUAAAGAUUGAAUCUGAACUUGAAGGCAUCUUCCAGAGAAGGAUCGAAACUGAAAUCUUGCAUUUGGUGCUCACAAGUUCUCUGGAUUCACCACUACAAGUACUCAAAGAACCGAAGAAGAAGGUACAUUCGCUGACAGAAGAUCCUGAACCAAACCGUGGAAACAUGUUAGGAAAAACAUGCAAGUUCAGUCUUUAUCUCUUGACACAACUGAUCUUGCUCGUCUCCGUACUUCGGUUUAUGCUCCUCCAAGUCUCUCCUGCUUCACGAUUAGUUAUACCAACUUGA